AUGGAAUCCUCAAAAAUCGAGUUGUGGGUCCCAAAGGACUUCGCAGAAGAAGGGAAAAUUUAUAUGCUUCCCGCAAAUCACAGGGGCGAUAUGUACCAUAUCCGCGCUGCCAUGCUCUUGGAGCCGCAUCACCUUCUUGUUUAUGCCUGUUCCGAUAAGACGAAGGACCUCACGGGAUACCUCAUGAGAUCGGUUGCUUCCGAAAACAAGAUGUUUCUGACUGAAUGGUCUUGGGAAAUACUCAGUGGAAGUAAAGAUCCCAUAGGUACCGGAUACGACAAACGGAAGUUCGAAGUGAUCAGUGAAUCAAACGCAACUACAAUCAUCAGAGGGAAAAUUAAUUCGGAGAAAGAUGCCAAAGAUUUAGCAGAGAAAAUGAUAAUCAUUGAUCAAACGCACAAAGAGGAGAUACGACGCUACUUGGAAAGUCUAUGCGAAAAGCUUUUCCAAACAGGCACCGAAGCAGUCCUCAUACAGUGUCGCGACACUGGCACGAAAGGGGGGAUAUACCCAGAACUCGAUUCCGGAAUUGACUCGGUCAUACAGAUAGCUCAAUACGUGGGAAUGGUCUCCCAAACGCUGAAAGUCGUGCUCUGUGGAAACACCGAAAAGAUCGACGAUCUUGCUGGAAUUGGGGAGUAUUUCAAACAAAUAGAAUCCAGCAAAUGGCCGAGUGAGAGCAACAGAGAUAUCGAAGCAUUCUUUCUCCAGAUAGCAUUCGAGAAGAAAUACUUCAGCAUGGUCAUUGGCUUUCGCAGUGGCGGGUUGGACCUCUUCACCUUCCUUGGAGUACCAUCUGUUUCAAUCAGCGUUCGACAGAUGGUAGGAGAGAAUCGACAUGGAGAAAUUGCACGGAAUAAACACCUUCAGCGCUGGAAUAUCCAGUAUGAGCUUCCACGACACGUCACUACCAAAUACUUCGGAGAAAGACAUGACCUUCUCGGCUCACCUUGGUGGAAGUUUGACAAGCCAAAGGGUCCUACACGCGCGGAUCAAGACAGGCCAAAGAGUCCUACACGCGAGGAUAAAGAUAAGCAGAGCAUCCUUCCAACUGGCUUCCACAAAUUUGACAGUGAGAUUGUCAAAAUCGGCAUCCAUAACGCUAUCGUUGUCCUCUUGAAGUAUCCCAAUGUCCCAACCAUAAAGCCGGUUAUCCAGAACCGCGUGUUUUCCAACUGGGAGUGUCGGCCCAGUCAUUACAGCAACACUAGGCGAGAGGAUCUCCGUGACUUCUUCGACGGCCAGAGAGAAAAGGAAGAGGAUGAUUUUACAACGAGAAAGAACGACAUUGAGAAUAGGAGAGAGGGCAAAGCUGACUUUGAGAAAUGGGAAAACUCCAUGCGUCAAGAAUGGAAUCGCAUUCUCAACAAGCGUUAUCACUAG